AACGCGAGCGAGACCCGGGCCCCGCCGGAUGCCGGGCGCCUUUAUAAAACCGGGGAUCCGCGACGCCCAGUCAGGCGACGGAGGUUCUUCGACUCCCAGACGGUUCCUUUUCAUUCCCGCUGCGUUUGUAUUGGGUCCAACCUGCUGUCUGCCCCAGCGUUUAGUACGGUGUUUGGCACAUGCGGCUAUUGGAAACAAGACCCGAAAUCUAAGGGAUUUUCACAAUUUAAGGAGAAGAAAAGACUUGGCAGGCUCGGCUCCAGCCAGCAGUGUGAAUAGGCCCCGGCCUUCGCCCAACUUUCGUGCCUCCUGGGAAAAGAAGAGCCUCAUCAUGUCCAGCCUCACAAUCGACCCGGACGUCAAACCCGGGGAGUAUGUCAUCAAGAGCCUCUUUGCAGAAUUUGCUGUCCAGGCCGAGAAGAAGAUUGAAGUUGUGAUGGCCGAACCCUUGGAAAAGCUGCUGUCCAGAUCUCUGCAGAGAGGUGAAGACCUGCAGUUUGACCAGUUGAUAAGCUCUAUGAGCUCAGUAGCAGAGCACUGUCUCCCCUCCUUACUACGCACCUUGUUUGACUGGUACAGACGCCAGAACGGAGCAGAAGAUGAAUCGUACGAGUACAGGCCUCGGUCUAGCACCAAAUCCAAGGGGGAUGAGCAGCAGCGGGAGAGAGACUAUCUACUUGAAAGGAGGGACUUAGCUGUAGAUUUCAUUUUUUGUUUAGUCUUAGUAGAAGUACUAAAACAGAUUCCUGUGCAUCCAGUGCCAGAUCCCCUAGUACAUGAAGUUCUAAACUUAGCUUUUAAGCACUUUAAACACAAGGAAGGGUAUUCAGGAACCAACACUGGGAACGUGCACAUUAUCGCCGAUUUAUACGCAGAAGUGAUAGGCGUUCUUGCUCAGUCCAAGUUUCAGGCCGUCAGGAAGAAGUUUGUGACCGAACUCAAGGAGCUGCGCCAGAAGGAGCAGAGCCCUCACGUGGUCCAGAGCGUCAUUAGCUUAAUUAUGGGGAUGAAGUUUUUCCGGGUCAAGAUGUAUCCCGUGGAAGACUUCGAAGCGUCAUUCCAGUUCAUGCAGGAAUGCGCGCAAUACUUUCUAGAGGUGAAAGAUAAAGACAUCAAACACGCGCUUGCCGGCCUGUUUGUGGAGAUUCUGAUUCCUGUGGCCGCUGCCGUUAAAAAUGAAGUGAACGUGCCGUGUUUGAAGAACUUCGUGGAGAUGCUCUAUCAGACGACGUUUGACCUGAGCUCUAGGAAAAAGCACUCACUGGCCUUGUAUCCACUGAUCACCUGCCUUUUGUGUGUCAGUCAGAAACAGUUUUUUUUAAACAACUGGCACAUUUUCCUACAGAACUGUUUGUCACAUUUAAAGAAUAAAGAUCCCAAAAUGUCCCGCGUUGCACUGGAGUCUCUUUAUAGAUUACUUUGGGUUUACGUCAUUAGAAUAAAAUGUGAAAGCAACACUGUGACUCAAAGCCGUCUUAUGAGUAUAGUAUCAGCACUUUUCCCGAAAGGUUCACGGAGUGUGGUCCCCCGUGACACCCCACUCAAUAUCUUCGUGAAGAUCAUUCAGUUCAUUGCUCAGGAACGUUUGGAUUUUGCAAUGAAAGAAAUAAUAUUCGAUCUCCUCAGUGUGGGAAAGUCUACGAAAACCUUCACCAUUAAUCCAGAGAGGAUGAACAUAGGCCUCAGGGUCUUCCUGGUGAUAGCCGACAGCCUGCAGCAGAAGGACGGAGAGCCGCCGAUGCCCACCACGGGAGUGAUGCUUCCUUCCGGAAACACCCUCCGGGUCAAGAAAAUCUUCCUCAACAAACCUCUGACCGACGAAGAGGCUAAGGUCAUAGGCAUGUCCGUCUACUACCCUCAAGUGAGAAAGGCAUUGGACAGCAUCCUCCGCCACCUGGACAAAGAGGUCGGGAGGCCGAUGUGCAUGACCAGCGUGCAGAUGUCCAACAAAGAGCCCGAAGACAUGAUCACGGGCGAGAGAAAACCCAAGAUCGAUCUGUUCAGAACGUGUAUAGCUGCUAUCCCUAGGCUGAUCCCAGAUGGCAUGAGCAAAACUGACCUCAUUGAAUUGCUGGCAAGGCUCACGGUCCACAUGGAUGAAGAGCUGCGGGCUCUGGCUUUCAACACGCUGCAGACCCUCGUGCUCGACUUUCCGGACUGGCGCGAAGACGUCUUCUCGGGUUUUGUCUACUUCAUCGUGCGUGAAGUCACCGACGUCCACCCUACCCUCUUGGACAACUCCGUGAAGAUGCUUGUGCAGUUAAUCAAUCAUUGGAAGCAGGCAGCCCAGGCGCACGGCAAAAACCAAGACUGUCAGCGCGGCGUGGCCAACGGCACCACCCAUACCCUGCCCCUGGAGAGGACCCCGUAUUCCAAUGUGUUCCAUGUGGUGGAAGGCUUUGCGCUGGUCAUCCUCUGCAGCAGCCGGCCGGCCACCAGGAGACUGGCCGUCAGCGUCCUCCGAGAGAUCCGGGCCUUGUUUGCAAUUUUGGAAAUUUCCAAGGGUGACGACGAGUUGGCCAUAGACGUGAUGGAUAGAUUGAGCCCUUCCAUCCUGGAGAGCUUCAUCCACCUCACUGGGGCCGACCAGUCCACUCUGCUGUACUGCCCCAGCUCCGUAGACCUGCAGACAUUAGCAGAAUGGAGCUCCUCUCCCAUCAGCCACCAGUUCGACGUGAUCAGUCCGUCGCACAUCUGGGUAUUUGCCCACGUGACCCAGGGUCAGGAUCCCUGGAUAAUAAGCCUCUCCAGCUUUCUGAAACAAGAACAUCUGCCCAAACGCUGCGCGACUGCGGUCAGCUACGCCUGGAUGUUUGCCUACACGAGACUACAGCUGCUCUCUCCCCAGGUCGAUCUGAAUAGCCCUAUCAAUGCCAAGAAAGUAAAUCCCACCACAAGCAGUGACUCCUACAUUGGGCUCUGGAGAAACUAUCUGAUUCUUUGCUGCAGCGCAGCAACAUCAGUGUCAUCUUCAACACCUGCAGGUUCUGUGAGGUGUUCUCCUCCCGAGACGCUGGCGUCCACUCCCGACAGUGGUUAUAGCAUUGAUUCCAAAAUAAUUGGCAUUCCUUCCCCCUCGUCCUUGUUUAAGCACAUAGUUCCGAUGAUGCGUUCUGAGAGCAUGGAGGUCACCGAAUCCCUCGUCCUGGGCCUCGGCCGGACCAACCCCGGAGCCUUUAGGGAGCUCAUCGAAGAACUGCACCCCAUAAUCAAAGAAGCACUUGAAAGAAGGCCAGAGAAUAUGAAGCGGCGCAGGCGUCGAGAUAUUUUACGAGUGCAGCUGGUACGGAUAUUUGAACUGCUGGCCGAUGCCGGUGCCGUCAGUCACAGCGCGAGCGGCGGCCUGGACGCCGAGACGCGCUCCCUCAAUAAUACGCUGCUGGAGUACGUGGAUCUGACACGGCAGCUCCUUGAGGCGGAGAACGAGAAGGACUCUGACACGCUCAAGGACAUCCGGUGCCACUUCAGUGCCUUGGUGGCCAACAUCAUCCAGAACGUGCCCGUGCACCAGAGGAGGAGUGUCUUCCCCCAGCAGAGCCUGCGCCACAGUCUCUUCAUGCUGUUCAGCCACUGGGCCGGCCCAUUCAGCAUCAUGUUCACGCCCCUGGACCGCUACAGCGACAGGAACAUGCAGAUCAAUCGGCAUCAGUACUGCGCCUUAAAGGCUAUGUCGGCCGUCCUGUGCUGCGGCCCUGUGGCGGACAACGUGGGACUGUCGCCCGACGGCUAUCUGUACAAGUGGCUGGAUAACAUUCUGGAUUCCCCGGAUGAGAAGGUGCACCAGCUGGGCUGCGAGGCCGUCACGUUGCUGCUGGAGCUGAACCCCGACCAGAGCAACCUGAUGUACUGGGCCGUGGACCGCUGCUACACGGGCUCCAGAAGGGUGGCGGCCGGCUGCUUCAAAGCCAUAGCCAGCGUGUUCCAGAACAGGGAUUACCAGUGCGACACAGUGACCCUCCUCAACCUGAUCCUGUUUAAAGCGGCCGAUUCAUCCAGGCACAUCUACGAGGUCGCGAUGCAGCUGCUGCAGAUCCUGGAACCGAAGAUGUUUCGCUACGCCCACAAGUUGGAGGUUCAGAGGAGCGACGGAGUCCUCAGCCAGCCGUCCCCGCUGCCGCACCUGUACUCGGUGUCGUACUAUCAGCUCUCAGAGGAGCUGGCGAGGACGUACCCCGAGCUGACGCUCGCCAUUUUCUCAGAGAUAAGCCAGCGCAUCCAAACGGCCCACCCUGCGGGCAGGCAGGUGAUGUUGCACUACCUGCUGCCCUGGAUGAACAACAUCGAGCUGGUCGACCUGAAGCCGCUGCCCACGGCGCGGCGGCGCGGCGGCGACGAGGAGGAGGACGAGGUGGAGGAAGAGGAGGAGGCGGAGGAGGAGGAGGAGGAGGAGUCUCUGAAGGACCGAGAACUGAUGGCCAACAGCCGGCGCUGGCUCCGAGGGGAGGGCUGGGGCUCUCCGCAGGCCACCGCCAUGGUUUUGAACAACCUGAUGUACAUGACGGCCAAGUACGGCGACGAGUUGGCCUGGUCGGAGAUCGAAAACGUCUGGACCACCCUAGCGGACAGCUGGCCGAAGAACCUGAAGAUCAUCUUGCACUUUUUGAUUAGCAUCUGCGGGGUGAACAGCGAACCCAGCCUCCUGCCUUACGUGAAGAAGGUGAUCGUGUAUUUAGGCCGCGAUAAGACGAUGCAGUUGUUAGAGGAGCUGGUGAGGGAGCUGCAGCUCACUGACCCGCCGGUCAGCAGUGGAGUCAGACACAUGGACAACCCCCCGUACUACCGCGUCACCUCCAGUUACAAGAUCCCCUCCGUCACCUCAGGAACCACCUCCAGUAGCAAUACGAUGGUCGCUCCCACCGAUGGCAGCCCGGGCAGCAAGCAUAUGAAAGAUGGCGCAGAGGACAGCUCGGGGCACCUGGACAUGUUCUGCGGCCUGAACAGCAACUUCAGUCGCCAGCAUCACAGGCUGGAGUCUCGCUACAGCAGCAGCUCAGGAGGCUCUUACGAAGAAGAGAAAAGCGACUCGAUGCCGCUCUACUCAAACUGGCGAUUGAAGGUGAUGGAGCACGAUCGAGGAGAGCCACUCCCCUUCCCGCCUGCGGGUGGCUGCUGGUCCCCCUUGGUGGACUACUUGCCUGAAACGUCGUCUCCUGGAUUGUCCCUGCACAGGUGCAACAUAGCUGUGAUUCUGCUGACGGAUCUGAUCAUCGAUCACAGUGUCAAGGUGGAGUGGAGCGGAUACCUCCACCUCCUCCUCCACGCGAUUUUUAUAGGGUUUGACCAUGGCCACCCGGAGGUGUACGAGCACUGCAAGCGGCUGCUGCUGCACUUGCUGAUCGUGCUGGGCUCCGGCAGCGGCAGCGUGCGCACGGUGGCGGCCGUCCUGCUCAGGAACAGGGAGCUGAACGAGCCCAGGGUGCUCACCGUCAAACAGGCCACACACCUGGACUUCACCUUCACAGCAGGCACCAGCGACGCCGUCCCCGACUACCAGCCCUCCCCCAUGACAGACUCAGGGCUCAGUUCCAGUUCUACCUCUUCCAGUAUCAGCCUAGGGACCGCCAGUCCCGCCGCCAUCUCCCACCUGCACACCUGCUCGUUCCUCGGCGACAUGGAUAUCUCCGGAGAGCAGGACGAGAAAGUGAAGACCCUUAUGGAAUUCAUCACCUCCCGGAAGAGGGGGCCCCUGUGGAACCACGAGGACGUCUCUGCCAAGAACCCCAGCAUAAAGAGCGCCGAGCAGCUGACCGCCUUUCUAAAGCACGUGCUGACUGUGUUUAAGCAGUCGGGCUCAGCGGGGCCCCAGCUGGAGCACCAUCUAGGAGAAGUGGCUCUGCAGGCGGCUCUGUCGUGUUCUUCUCGGCACUAUGCCGGCCGGUCCUUGCAGAUUUUCCGGGCCCUGAAGCAGCCCCUGUCUGCCUCCACGCUCUCCGACGUGCUCUCGCGGCUCGUGGAGACGGUCGGCGACGCGGGAGAAGACGCACAGGGCUUUGUCAUCGAGCUCCUGCUCACUCUGGAGUCAGCCGUCGAUACCCUGGCCGAAACCCUGAAGCACCAUGACCUCCUUUCCGCCCUCUCUCAAACCUCGUACCCCGAGCCGGCGAUGGGAAACAAGUACGCGGCCAACAGGAAGAGCACCGGGCAGCUCAAUCUCAGCACAAGCCCCAUUGGCGGCGGCGGCUGCAUGGGCUACUACGGCAGCGCGAGGAGCAACUCUCUGAGACUGAGCCUCCUCGGCGACCGGAGGGGGGACCGGCGGCGGAGUAACACACUGGAUAUAAUGGAUGGGCGGACAAGCCACGGCGGCAGCCUGGCGAGGACUAGAAGCCUCUCCUCCCUGCGGGAGGGCGACACGUCAGACGUGCAACCCGACCCCACCAACCUGCUGGCCACCAUCUUCUGGAUAGGGGCGUCCUUGCUAGAGUCGGACUACGAAUGUGAAUACCUCUUGGCCCUGAGGCUCCUAAACAAACUGCUCGUCCAUUUGCCUCUGGACAAGCUGGAGAGUCGCGAGAAGAUUGAAAGCGUGCAGAGCAAACUCAAAUGGUCUAACUUUCCGGGCCUUCAGCAGCUCUUCCUGAAGGGCUUCACCUCGGCCUCCACCCAGGAGAUGACCGUCCACCUUCUGAGCAGACUCAUCGCUGUCUCCAAGCACGCCCUGGUGGACCCCUCCCAGCUGGCAGGAUUUCCUCUUAACAUCCUGUGUUUAUUGCCUCACUUAAUCCAGCACUUCGAUAACCCCACUCAGUUUUGUAAAGAAACGGCCGGCCGGAUCGCAAAGGUGUGUGCCGAAGAAAAAUCACCGACGCUAGUGAAUUUGGCUCACAUGAUGAGUUUAUAUAGCACCCACACGUAUUCCAGAGACUGCACCAACUGGAUCAACGUGGUGUGCAGAUACCUGCACGACUCCUUCUCGGACACCAUCUUCAGCCUCGUGACUUACCUCGCGGAGCUGUUAGAGAAGGGGCUGACUAUGCAGCAGUCCCUCCUGCAGAUCAUCUACAGCCUGCUGAGCCACGUUGACCUUUCCGCCGCCCCCGUCAAGCAGUUCAACCUGGAGAUCAUCAAGGUCAUCGGCAAAUACGUGCAGAGCCCCUACUGGAAGGAAGCCCUCAACAUCUUGAAGCUGGUGGUUUCACGCUCUGCAAGCCUGGUAGUCCCAAAUGACGCCCCCAAGACCUACGCCAGUGAGAUAAGCACCCCGGAGCUCUCCUUCACCAAAAUAUUCAAUAACGUCUCUAAGGAGCUACCCGGGAAGACUUUGGAUUUCCAUUUUGAUAUCUCAGAGACGCCCAUCAUCGGGAACAAGUACGGCGACCAGCACGGUGCCGCCGGCCGGAAUGGUAAACCCAAAGUCAUCGCCGUCACCCGGAGCACCUCCUCCACCUCCUCCGGCUCCAACUCCAACGCCCUGGUGCCUGUCAGCUGGAAACGGCCACAGAUGUCCCAGCGCCGGACGAGGGAGAAGCUAAUGAAUGUGCUGUCGCUUUGCGGCCCGGAGUCCGGCCUCCCCAAGAACCCGUCCGUGGUGUUCUCGUCCAGUGAGGAUCUGGAGGCCGGGGACCCACAGGCCAGCCUCAUCUCGGCUGCAGAGGAAGUGAUCCAAGAGGAGGAAGUGGCUGUGGAAGACAGUACCAGCGAACAGCAGUUUGGAGUGUUUAAGGACUUCGACUUCUUGGAUGUCGAGUUGGAAGAUGCGGAGGAGCUGCAGGGCGAAAGCAUGGACAACUUCAACUGGGGGGUCCGCCGGCGCUCCCUAGACAGCAUCGACAAAGGGGACACCCCCUCCCUGCAGGAAUGCCAGUUCUCCAGCAGCACCCCCAGCCUCAACCUGACCAACCAGGAGGACACGGAUGAGUCCUCGGAGGAGGAGGCGGCCCUCACGGCCAGUCAGAUCCUCUCCCGCACUCAGAUGUUGAGCGGCGAGGCCACCGUCGACGAGACAGGCUCCGACCCGCCCGAGUCCCUGCUGCAGUCUCAGGACUCGGCCAGCAGCGUCGCCCCCGAGGAGGUGCUGCAGAUCCCAGACGAGACCCCGCCUAUGGAGGCGGCUCUAGAUAGCGCUAGCGGCCAGCUGCCUGAGGACGGUGGUUCCGUAUUAAAGGAUGAACAGGUUAGCACUGCCAGUGAAGACACGGGAUUGUAUGUCAUUCAGGACCAGCAAGAGUCUCUUGUCUGUCCGGAGAUUCUAGAGCUGGUAGAAAGCACUGAAACGCCCGAGCCUGUGGCUCCAGAAAGCUAUCUGGAGUCCAUCUGGGAAGAGGAUGUCACUCUUGCUCUCAAGGAGCUGGACGAAAGAUGUGAAGAGGAAGAAGCUGACUUCCUUGGUGAAUCCAGCCCGGACGAGGACGAGCCGGACGGUUUCCCGGAUGUGCAGACAUCCCCCCCUCCCUCCCCGUUUCUCUCUGCCAUAUUGGCAGCUUUUCAGCCCGUGACGUACGACGACGAAGAGGAGGCCUGGCGCUGCCACGUCAACCAGAUGCUGUCAGACAUAGAUGGGUCUUGUGCGGUCUUCACGUUCCACGUCUUCUCAAGGCUCUUCCAGGCAAUCCAAAGGAAAUUUGGGGCUCUCACCAACGAGGCGGUCAAUUUCAUUGGUGGGAGCCUGCACCAUGUCAGAGCCCGAUUUCAAAGUUCUCUGGAAGUGAUGAUGAUGUGCUCCGAGUGCCCGACGGUCUUCGUGGAUGCCGAGACGCUGGUGUCAUGCGGGCUGCUGGAAACCCUCAAGUUCAGCGUGCUGGAGCUGCAGGAACACCUGGACACCUACAAUGCCAAGAGAGAAGCAGCUGAGCAGUGGCUGGACAACUGCAAGAGGACCUUUGGGGUAGAUGGCGGCCGCCAGGUCAAUCCGGACACACAGCAAAUGGAAAUUCUAGCAGAGUUGGAGCUGUGUCGGAGGUUGUACAAGCUGCACUUCCAGCUGUUGCUUCUGUUCCAAGCCUACUGCAAACUGACUGGCCAGGUCGAUGCCAUCCGCAAUGAGGCCGAGGUCAUUAACAUGUCGGAGGAGCUGGCUCAGCUGGAGAGCUGUCUCAAAGCAGCCGAGUUGGCCUCACGCAACGGGGAAGGUCCCGAGGUCCCGGCCGAGGUUUCCAUGGAAACAGCCAUCCACGCGCUCCUCGAGUCCCUGCGGAACCACGAUUUUGGGGCCGCCGUGGCCCAGGUCAAGGCUUUCAGGUCGCUGUGGCCCAAUGACCUGUUCGGCAGUUCCGAGGAUGACCCCGUCCAGACGCUGUUACACAUCUACUUCCGCCAUCAGACGCUGGGCCAGACGGGCAGCUUGGCGGUGCUGGGAUCCAACCUGGACAUGUCAGAAGCCAGCUCCAAGCUGAUGGAGCUGAAUCUGGACCUCCGCAACUGCCUCCGCACGGCGCAGGCCUGCCGGCUGCUGGCCUCGGCCCGGCCCGGCCCGGGACCGGACCGCAGCUGAGGACUCGCCUCGCGGUCGCAUCAAGCACCUUUCAGAAACUUGCCCCCGGCUGCCUCCCACCCCCACCCCAACCCCCGCCCUCCCGGGCGCCGAGGGGACCGCCUAGGUCCGGGGCCCGGCGGGAAACCGCGAGCCCCGGCCGGGGCCCAACAGACCAGGAGUGCCUGCUUCCUGCCCUCCCGCCCACAGCAGGAACUGUCUUAACCCGACCACGAGUCAGCGUGCGAGCAAAGAGAAGGGCUAGUGGCUCCCCCGGCCGCCCCGGUGGCGUUGACCACCGCAGGAGCGAUGCUGAGAGUUGCAGGAAGGGUCCCGGGCCACAGGAGUGGAAAACAGGGAGCGAGGGCCGGUCGCGGCCCUGCCCGUCCGCCCGCCCGCCGCACCCCGACCCCGUGCUGCUGGGGUAUGCGAGCAGGGUGACGUCAUUGAUCCCAGGUGGUUGGGUGGCGGGGCGGGGGGGAUGCGUGUGCGUGUGUGUGUGUGUGCGUGUGUGCGCGCGCGUGGGUCCGUGAGGAAUUUUGUGUGUGAGCAAGUUGGGGAGUGUGGCCAUAUCCAGGUAUGGAUGGAUGUCUGUCGAUAAAAGUCUCAGAGCAUGCCGAAAAGCACUGCAAGAUUAUUUUUGAAGAAAUUUUAUUUUAUUAGAUCUAACUCCUCCUAGCGUGUACAUGUAAGGACACUGAAUAAUAUUUUAAAGCUGGGCUUUCCCAGGGUUUCUAAAAGAAAUAAUAUAUCUGUUAACUUUAUUGGAAUGCUGCUCAGCUCUCUGACCAGUGCUCACGUGACAGUUCCUGAUAACAACUAACCAAAGUAGCUACCUGCAGAGACUUUAAACUGUACAUGGCACACGUGUGCUGCCCCUCCACCAAUCUCCCUAGAAGGUAACUUAUUUUAUUCUGUAAAUACUCCAGAAUCUGUAUAGAAACCAGUAUUUUUCUUGAACAACUGUGCGACGCACUGUUCUACAAGCAGAGGCGGCCCCGGUCCCCUCGGGCGCACGGAUGCUCGGCGUCACCGAGGAGCGAGAUGAGGGGGAAGGAAGGAAGAAGGAAGGCCGACCGGCUGCCGGAGCCCCCUCCCCUCGGCCGCCCAAGCACGCCGCCUCGUAUUUUCCGCCCCUUCUCCCCGCGCCGUGACCGACGGUGGAGCGUUUCAGUGGGCACCACGAGUUCGGAAUGUACGGAGGGGAGGCCGGGCCAAGCGAGGGCCGCGGACCCCCUCCCGCCCCGAGCUGGUGCCGGAACGAGGCCGCGGUGGCCCGCCCACCCACCCACCCAUAAUCACUGUAUCGUCUGGCCCCGACCGCGUGGAAUUACGUCGAUGGCUCCGUGGGAUGGCAGGGACGUCUUCAUUAUUUAAUGACUGCGGGUGGGCCUCUCUAAUGCUGCGUUUUCCCUUCGUUUUCCAUCACUCCCAUCCCUCCUCACCGCCCCGCCUUUCGUUUUUGUUAAUAAAAGCACCGUAGCUCUC